ACAAAGUGGCAGUAAGUAAAGAGGCUUUGAUUAAAGAUAUGGGUGAAUGGAGGGAUGGAGAAUGGAGUUGGAACUGGGGUUGGCGUAGGGAGCUGAUGGGAAGAGAGCUUUCUUUAUUGCAAGAUCUUGAGAAGCUGUUGAAAGAAUGCAAACUGAUGAAAGGAAAGCAAGACUUCUGGAGUUGGAAGCAUGAUUCGAAAGGAAACUACUCAACAAAAUCUGCCUACUCCCUUUUAAAUAACAGCAUUAAGGAGCCAGGAUCAAUUCAAUUCAACAAGAUUUGGAAUUCUAAGGUGCCACUUAAAGUUUCAGCUUUUGUGUGGAAACUCUUACAAGAUAGAAUUCCUACAGGUGAAAAUUUGCUAAAAAGAGGUAUGGCUGGAGGUGAACUGGAUUUUGCAUGCAUUUUCUGUGGAAAAUAUAUUGAAUCAACAAGUCACUUAUUCUUCACCUGUGAGGUCACUUGGGCGGUCUGGCAAGUAUUCUAUGCAUGGUGGGGACAACAAGGUGUUCUUACAUGUGAAGCUUGGAAGCAUCUGCAGCAACAUACAGGCAUGAUACAGAAUGGAAAAUUAAAAGAAGCUUGGUACGCUCUCUACACUGGAUCAAGGCCAAGUCUAAUUCUGAAUUGGCUAAAGAACAAUGGUGGAAGAAUCCUAAGGAUGCGUUAAUAUGUUUAUAGGUUUAGCAGGUGAUUAAGUAAUGGGAUUGUUUUGAUUUUGUAAUUCGUGAUAUAUGCAGGAUGAUGUAAAGGGUUGGAGUACCCCUUGUACUCUAUUUAUAAUUUAACAAAUUUUCAUUUUGCCG